AUGGGACAAGAAUCAGAUUCCAAAGCCAGGUUGGUGUUAGAGAUUUGUUCCAUUUCCACACGUUCUGCAACAUGUGUUCAUACCAUUCUUUCAAACCCAACCAAAACAACUUUCAUUGACUGGUAUUGCAUUCUUGGAGUAGAAGAAAAUGCAGGGGUGAAUGUCAUUCGCAAGAGAUACCGAAAACUGGCUUUGCAGCUUCACCCAGAUAAGAACAAACAUCCAAAGGCUGAAAUUGCCUUCAAGCUUGUUUCUGAGGCAAAUGCAUGUCUAACUAAUGCAGCAAAGAGAGAAGCUUUUGAUUUUGCGAGGUACAAGCAUUUCUGCAUUGAAUGCAAGAAAAUUCCAUAUACAACUACAGACAAUGUUUCUGGAAAUUCCAAUGGUUCAAGUUUUUCGGCAUGGAAUAUUAUCACAAGGUCAAGAUCUUCAAAGUUUUGGAGAAAUAUUAGGGAUAUUAGAGAGAGAUUUAAGGAAGAGGCUAAUGUGAUUGAGAAUUGUUUGAGAGUAAAUUCAAUGUCAAGGACAGAAUCUCCACUCUACAAUCCUGAUAGUUAUCUAGAUAGAAGAAGCAAGUCACAAGCACAGCAUAGAUUUGAGAAAGAAACCCCUAUUUUCAAUCCUUCAGAUUACUCAUACCAAGAUUAUCCUCAUAUGAGAAGCCAUGUUAACAAGAAUUCUUCCACAUUUUGGUAUUUGCAGACAAAUAGUAUGCUGCACAACGAAAAGAGAGGACAGCUUAGCUCCCCUGUUUUUGAGGUCAAAAGUAGGAGUAUGUUUACCAACCAAUUUGCUUUUGUACCAUCAAGAUAUUAG